AUGGGCCUCGUCAAAUUCUUCGGCAAAAUUUUAUAUCUGGUGAAAAUGCUAGCGCUUAUUGGCCUCUCUAUUUCGGGCGCUGCUCUAAUGGGGCUCUACUCCUUUCAGAACCUGCUUAUUUACCCUGCUUCCAUGAACGACGGCCACGGUUACUGCGCUAGACCCGAAGAAUUUGGCAUGCCUGAUUAUGAAGACCUUCACCUCGAUACUGAGGAUGGCGAGGUGUUACACUGCUACUGCUUGAAGCAAGAUCACUCGCUGCCAGAAUAUACCAAUAAGACGGUCCUCAUACUUUCACCAAACGCUGGGAACAUUGGCCAUGCCUUGCCCAUUGUGUCGAUGUUUUACAAGAACUUUGGCUACAACGUGUUCAUCUACUCGUAUAGAGGGUACGGGAAAUCCACAGGUAAACCUUCUGAGGAGGGUCUCCGAUUAGAUGCACAGACCGUUAUGAAGCAUAUCUCCAAGGACGAACAGCUUCUGCAAACGUCAUUAAUCUUGUAUGGACGUUCUUUGGGUGGGGCGGUUUCCAUAUACAUCUCGUCACUUAUGCCCAAUAACGUCCAGGGUCUUAUUUUAGAGAAUACUUUUCUUUCCAUUCCGAAAACUGUGCCCCAUAUCUUCCCCUUUCUCAAGUACUUUACUGUGUUUGUUCAUCAAAAGUGGGAGCUGGAGCGCUUGAUGCCUUCAAUCCCCGCUAAUAUUCCUGUUUUGUUCUUCAGCGCCAGAAAAGACGAGAUCGUUCCUCCCAGUCAUAUGGACAAACUCUACGAACUUUCACAAUCCAACGAUAGGACGUUUUUCAAGUACCCCAAUUCGCAGCAUAAUGAUACAGUAGUGCAGCCAGACUACUGGGAACGUGUGCAUGAGUUCAUCAAGAACAAGGUCAAUCCUGUGGGCUACUGA